UGCCGCAUCUUCAAGUCUGGCCUGCACGUUUACUGCGUGCCUUGUCAUCACGCUGGGGCAGGUUUCGGUUUGCAAAACACGAUACAUUGCUCUCUCACCAGUGCUGCCGGAGAGCUGUACCGAGGACCAGAGGCGUGAGGGCAGAGGAGGGAGGGAUGGGAGCCAAUUAAAAAAGAAGAAGAAUCACUAAUCAACCUGGAUGGAUUUAAAGAUGCUAUCCCGGACAUAGGUAGGCGAUGUUGUUAUGUUCAUGUGACGUCUGGUGGGAGGCAGUGAGGUAAACGUCCGGGAUACAUAACACACACACACAAACACACGGGCUGAACGGGAUGCCCGCGUGACUGCAGGGAGGGAAGAGGGGGAGGAGGAAGAGGAGGAGGAGGGGGGUCUAGGUGCGUGUGUGGACCACCGCAAAACCCCCGAGGUGGAGUUGUCAAAGAUCGAAAACCUGCGAGGAAAUAAGAGGCUAAUUCCAGCCUGGCUGCUAUUUUUGGUGCAGUUUGAAAAUCGAUGGAGGAUAUUUAUUUCCUGUUCACGUCGAGCUAAUUAGUACCGAUGUGAUCUUGUGGGCUGUGAUCUGCUACACCGUCUUCAUCAUCUCUUCCGUGACAGGAUGAGGACCUGACAUAAGGUUAACAGGAGGGGAGGGAGCGCACAUGUUCGGAUGUUGCUCCUCCUGAUUGGACACACGGACUGACCGGCUCAUGUCAUCUCUCUCUGCUGGGGGCGAAAAAGCUGCUUUCUUUGGGAUGCUUUAAAAAAAAUCUGCGGCCUGCUGCUCGGGUCUCCAGUUACCGCAAUGCCACUGGCGAGAGAGGAGGGAGAGGUGGAAGGCAGAUGAUGGAGCAGCAAAAAAGCAAAUGAGUGUAACAGUGAUGUCUAAACUAUAGCCCCAUUUUGAUUGUGUUUUAAUCAGAGACUGGUAUAGACUUUAUAGUGGCCUGUGAACUGCAUGGGCUGACAGAGACACUGUAUUGACUGAAUCUAUCUUCAUGGCUGAAACGUCAAGAGAGGUGAGUACGGUGGCUGUGAGUGUGUAGUGGCUGCUCAAUUCUCAACUUUCUGCUGACAGAGUUCUUGGACUCACUCACUGGACUACAGUGCGCACCAUGGGGCAUUGCGCAGAACCUAUGGCACCUGCCAGUGGGGAGCUUGGUGCAUAAUUGUGACAGAGUGGAGCUCUGGAGGCAGCAUUUAUUAAAUGUCUCUCCCUCUUCUACUCGCCUGCACUUCUGCCCACACAGCUGAACUUUUUGUUUUAUGAACCCAGAGUAAAGCAUCUCCCAGCCUCCUCCACACACACCCACACCGACGAGCCUGACAUGCCUUCGCCGUCAGACUCCAGCAGCGUGGCUUCAGCCUCGGGGUCUCGAGGCUGGUCAGACAGCCGCAGGGGCAUGUCGGGCCGGGGGCCCGGCGGGGCCAGGCUGCUCCUGUACCUGGGACUGUGCCACCUGGGCCUGGGGGCCAUGGUCCUGGCCUUCUCUUUCACCAGCAUGGCCUUCACCUCCUCAGCCCGCGUCAGGCAGUCCUGUCCAUUUUGGGCUGGCUUCUUUGUGGUCGCAUCAGGGAUAGUUGGAAUAAUCUCAUGGAGGAGACCUCUGACACUGGUGGUGUCACUGUUCAUGCUGCUGUCUGCAGUGUGUGUGAUCCUCAGUCUGGCCGGCUCCAUGCUCUCCUGUCAGAACGCACAGAUGGUCAAGUCUAUGCUCACCUGCCAGGUGGAGAACGGGCUGUGUGUGUGUUGCGCGCCCACUCACUCCUGCUCCAUCACAGAAGAGGAGACCCUGGUCCUCUACCUGAACGCUGACUGUCACUCAGUCAGGCAUCAGCUGAAGGACCUUUUGUUCAGUGCAUGCGGUCUCAGCAUCCUCUCCACCAUCAUCUGUACUCUGUCCACUGUGACCUGCAGUAUCCAUAUAUUCUCCCUGGACCUCGUGCACCUGCUGGCCCCACACCGCUCUCGUUCAGUCAACCCAGAAUGCACCACUCCUCAGGACGCCUUCCUGACCAACAUCAUGGACUUUGAGGAGUUUGUCCCACCCAUCCCUCCGCCCCCUUACUAUCCUCCUGAGUAUACCUGCAGCUCUGAAACAGACGCUCAGAGCAUCACCUAUAACGGCUCCAUGGAGAGCCCUGUUCCUCUCUACCCCACUGACUGCCCCCCUCCUUAUGAGGCUGUGAUGGGACAAAGAGCUGCAAGCCAGGCAACAGUGUUUGACCCCAACGGCACUGAGCUGUCUGGAGAGAGAGGAACUUCUACUGCCUUCAGCGGAGAAGUGUCCAUGGACAGUGGAUCUCUGUUGAUGUCAGAGAUCGUGGACAUCCCCGAUGAUUCCUCCCCCUCUGAGGACUCCUGUCUGAUGGAAGUCGGGUUGAGGCCCCAUGGAGAGAGGGGCAACAGGAACGUCGGUGAGGGGGGGGAUGGAGGAGACUGUGGGGAGUACAUCAGCUUUCGCGGUCCCCCGUCUCAGACGCCAGAGAGUCCUCUGGCAGGAGGGCCGAGAGCCCGGCGCUUCAUCAGAGGAGAGAGGUCCAACUCCUGCUCUUCGCCCAGCACAGCGACCCCCACAUACAGGUCUCCAGUAUUGCGUCGCCAAGCUAUGAUGGCUAGUAGCUGUUCCCAGCUGGAGGCAAUAGGGAAAUCCCCCUCUCCACAGCGAUCCUCCAUCCCAGAGUUUCGAGUCCACCCCUCCACUCUCUCAAGCCAAGGAGCUACCCCAAACUCCCCUGCUCCUCCCAUUUCAUCGUCCUCAGCUGCCAUUGAGCAGAGCGGUGGUCAGGGUAAUGGGCCACCCAUCCCGGGCACACCAUUGCACCUUCGGCGAGCGGCUGGGAAUGGUGGGAAGGAUGGAGAGGGUGUAAGAAGGAACAGUGAAGGGCUCCCAUGUCUUGUAAGGUCACACAGCGAGCCAGGCCUCGGCUCCUCAACUGAUACAGUUGACUUUGGCUCUGGAUACAGCAAAGUAUCUAUAGACACAGGUCCGUCCUCUGAGGCGUGUCUGUUGCCCCGCACCUCUUUGCCUCCUGCUGCAGCUCUGCCAAGGAAAGGCAGCAUGAAGUCAGCGGCCGCGGGGGUGCAGCUCCCCUCCAAACCUCCGCCGACCUCACCGCUGCGUUUACCUAAAGACUGCCACCGUUCCCUAGGAGACCUGAAGGGGACUCGGGGUCUGGUGGCUCGCUUCCUGCAGCGCUCCAAACGCAACCUAUCGCCCUCCUCCGAUCAUGCUGGGAGCACCGGGCAGGGGCCUAAGAGGAGGAGUGGAGUUGAGGGCUCUGCCACCAACCACCUUCCUCUGGAACAAGUGUUCCUGACCCCUUGGACCACCAGCCGAGGAUACCCCAACCAUCACUCCCAUCACACUCAUCGCCGCGGACACCACCACUCCCAUAGCGACAGUCGACACAAUCGGCACCACGGCAGUCUGGCGCCAGAGGGGAUCCACCUGCGCAGCUGUGGAGAUUUAAGCUCCUCGUCCUCUGCGUCGCUACGUCGAUUAGUGGCACCGCAUCCGCCGCACGGGUCAUCGGGAGCUCUCUACUCAGAGUCGGCACUGUGAGGAGGGCGAAGGAGGAAAAUAGGAUGUGACAGGGUUAUAAGAAAGACAGGAUGAAAUAAGAGAGGCUGAUGAAAAGGAGAACCGGAGGCAGUUUAGUGGAGAUAUCAUGUCCUUUUCCUCUUUGUCACCGCCAUUUCCUGAAGCCAACUGUGCUAAUGGCCUUAUUUAGUGGUGCUCUUUAUCACUCUGAACAUCAACCCAGAGCUCUCACUGUUCAACAUGAGUGAAACAGUCACUAGAUGCUUAUUUCUGGGCCGUGUUCUAACAGAAUAAAUCCAAGACAACCAACCAGAAGCAUCUUCUCUGCUGUAUUCUCCACUCCACCUCCCUCAAUACUGAUCUGGAGACAUCUUUUCCUCAAGACUGGAGACAGAACUCAACUAGCAUUCAUGCUACAACAACCACUUACUCACAUGUACAUUCAGUCUAUUACAUAAGUUGCAAUGUGCUUCUGGCCCUUUUGUACAUUGCUACUCAUCCACAGGAUCGCUCAGGUGAAGCGAUCAUGAUAUUUUGUCUUCCAUUGGUAAAAAAAAAAAAUGCAUCUCAAUAAACAUAUAGUUAGCUGAGUACAAUGUAAGAUAAACAGAUGAGGUUGUCUUUUUUCUUUUUGCAAUUUCCACUUUCUCCACGUUUUUCCACCUCCACACUGGCCUUCAAAAAUAAGGCAGCCAGCAUUUUUAACAUUGACAUUAUAAUGCACGCCACAGACACAUGCUAAGCGUUUGAAAUGUAUUUUCUGUGGGUGGCCCCUGGACACGGUGGUUUGAUUUGCAUAUGUGCAUGUUUUGCUACAGCCUCCCGAAUACAGCAGGAACCUUGUGCAUUCAACCCUGACCGUCUGUUGUAACUACGUAACAUGUCCUCAGAAUGUCUUUAUCUGCAUGUUUUUGACAAUGCUUCUUACUUUUUUCCCUCUCGCACCCGAGACCUAUGAUAGUAGCCACUUGAAAUGUGUUUGUGUUUAUAGAUAGCUGAAGGGGAAGGUCAGAGUCGAAGAUGCGCAGUGAUCCCAAAGUUUUCUGCCAGAUGGCUCCAGAUAUGCCUCUGCAUCCUAAUUUGAUUUUGAUAGGGUUUGAAAAUGUUUCGAGUGCACAGGCAUAUCUGUGACACUGGCUAACGAUGCUGGAUCCUGUAAGAUAAGAGGUGUAAAUUGCAAUGUGACUCUGAUGACAUGAAGAGUCUCUUGCAAUAAAUGUACAGACUAAUUUGUUAUGAGGUUGGGCUUCACACUGUGUGUUCACACGGUUCUCUUCGGACUUGCAGGGGUUGUGGACGGGCGGUAAAUGAAAACAAAAAAGCCUUGGGCUGCUGACAGUGAACAUAUGUUGGGUCUGGCAGCUCUGAAUACUGGAUUUUAAAGUAAUAUUUGUGUCAGAUUGGAGUUUUUUUUCUUUGGAAAGUAUUUUUGGUGUGCUCACUAAGUGAUGAUAAUGACUCCAUAUCAGUAAAGGCACAUUUUGGAUACACUCAUAUGUAUGUACCUAAUUUUAAAGAUUUACACGCAUACACACUUAGCCUGCACACAGAUACAGGCACACCCAUACACUCCCUUAUUAAGGCACUGAGCUGUAUUUCUACCUCCCGUCUUGCAUAAAACAUUAUUUAUUUGAAGAAAUGUAUAUCUGUAUGGCAGGCUUAACAGGAUAGAGCCUUGAAACCUGAAUAAUAAAUGUAUCUAAAUAUGACACCUAUUCCAGAUUUUAAAUGCAGUGUCAAUGGCAAAACUUUCAAUGCAAGUUAUGUAUUUAAAAAAUAUGAAAUAAAUGAUAGACAUCAAAUAAAAAAAUACCUAUGUUGA